UCCACUUCCGUUCCGGGCUUGCGGUCGCCCCCUCGGCGCCUCCAUAUAAUCGAAGUCCAAAAGCCCCGUUUCCCCUCAUCCAAAAAAGACCAAAACCCUCGCGAAGUUCUGAGAUCCAUCCAGACGCAUCGCCACUCAAACCCUAGGUUGACGGAUCGCUCCAUGGCGAUCAUCUCCGACUUCAAGGAGGACGAGGCUCCGCAGCAGGCGGCGGCUGCGCCGGCGAACGGCCCCGGCGUCGAGGAGGCCCUCGUGGCGGCGCUGGAGAGGAGCGGCGGCGCGCUCCCCUUCCUCGAGGCGGCCAUCGAUGUCGCCCACCGCAGGUCCGGACUGUUCCGCGACCCUGCGGCGGUGAGCAAGGUCACCGCGAUGGCGGCGGCCGUCAGGGCGCAGGUGGAGGCCGAGGAGAGGGCGGCCAGGGAGGCCAAGAGAAAGGUGGAGGAGACCGAGAGGAAGGCUGCCGCCGAGGCGCAGAAGGUUGCCAAGGAGACUGCGGCUGCGGCGGCGGCGGCGGUGGAGAAGCCAGAGAGCUCGGUGGAGAAGGACAGCAUGGAAGUGGAUAAGAAGGAGGAAGGCAACGUGAGACAACCAAAUGCUGGAAAUGGUCUUGAUUUGGAGAAGUACUCGUGGACUCAACAGUUGCCAGAGGUUAACAUCACCAUUCCUGUUCCUCAAGGAACAAAAUCAAGAUUUGUGGUCUUUGAUAUAAAGAAGAAUCAUCUGAAGGUUGGUCUGAAGGGCCAGCCACCUAUCAUUGAUGGCGAGCUCCAUAAGCCAGUUAAGGUUGAUGACUGCUUCUGGAGCAUAGAGGAUGGAAAAACUCUAUCCAUAUUGCUUACAAAGCACAACCAAAUGGAGUGGUGGAAGUCUGUUAUAAAGGGUGACCCUGAAGUUGAUACCCAAAAGGUGGAACCCGAGAGCAGCAAACUCUCUGAUUUGGAUCCUGAGACUAGACAAACCGUGGAGAAGAUGAUGUUUGACCAGCGCCAGAAGCAGAUGGGCCUUCCAACUAGUGAUGAAAUGCAAAAGCAAGAAAUUCUCAAGAAGUUCAUGUCUGAGCACCCGGAGAUGGACUUCUCUAGAGCAAAAUUAGCUUGAGGAUUUGUUCGGGCUUCUACCAGUCUGCAUUAGGUUGUCUUUGAGUCCGUUAUUAGUGUGAAACAAAUUUUGAUCAGUUCUUUUGUAAUGUGUCAGAAAUAUCAUUUAGAACUGUGACAUGUGUCUAGAACCAACCUAAUGGCUGGAUUGUGUCAAUUUUUGUACGCUCUGUGCUGCUUGCUAUGCUUGUUAAAUGAAGUUACACUGCUGUAGCGUGCUCACGAUAGAACUAAAGAAUUCUGUUUGUUGGCUCAAAUA